CGAAGAUAGACGCGGAGAGCCGCAUACAUGCAUAUUUUCUUCAGUCCCAUGACAUGGUGGCACAUAGUGGGAAUAACGUCAACAUUUCCAUGAUGGCGAGCAUCUCAAACUCGCAAUCGUCGCUGAAUUAUCGAUGGCCCAAGCUGCUGGCAUGGUUGAGGACUCGAGGGAUGAAAACAGGAGCAGGCGACUUGCUUAUCGAGUGCAAAGAAACACCCACUGCUGGGAAUGGUCUUUUUGCUCGAACGUUGUGUACUCCAUCUUCCUUGCUAUUUGCAGUGCCGCCUCAGGCAUUGAUGAAUAUCGGGACGUUAAAGUCCCUCCAUCCAACAUCUGGACCCACUCCUUUGACCGCCACGCAAAUGAUAUCUUUGCAUCUGUAUAUCAACCGCCCGCAUGGAAGUGAGGAUUCACUAGAUCCUCACUAUGGACCAUACAUUUCAACACUUCCUAGGGAGUUCGACAGUCAUCCUUUGACCUGGAUCGUGCGAUCAAAACGUGGCCUGGAGUCCGGAGGGGUCCCACUGCUUAAGCACCUCCCGCCGAGUGUGCAUGCAUGCUUGGUUAAGCUGCAUGACCGAUUUUGUCAAGACUGGGAUGCAAUCCGAGCGUACUUGACCGCGAAUUCGUACAUCUCUUCAAAAUAUGAUGCAUAUUCGGACGAUAAUGACGUUUCUACCAGCAAUUACGCGUGGGCUUGGUUGAAUGUAAACACGCGCUGCAUAUAUUACCGUCUGAAAGCAUCGAAAGAAGACCCCGAUAAUCUUACUUUAUGUCCCAUCCUCGACUUCGCCAAUCAUACCCCGAAUAGGCUGCAUAGUAUGACUCCAGCUCCAUCAGAGGCCGAUAUUUGGGACUCUGCGCCGGUAAAGCAGAUUGGAUUUAGAUUUCUUUCACCAGCAGAUGCAUCUGUUCAAGAGGGCGAAGAGAUCUUUUUGGCUUACGGGGCCCAUCCUAACCGCACGCUGUUCGUCGAAUACGGAUUUGUCAACGAGUCAUUAGGCAACGUUGAAAUUACGGAUGGUGAAGUCGAUGUACAAGAUGUAGUGGAAUCCUUAAUACUCGAUCACAAAUCCGGUGUCUUCGUCAAAAGCGUUCUCGAGGACGAAGGUUAUUGGGGAGAUUGGACCCUAUAUUGCUCGGCGGAAUCAGCGCAGCCAUCCUGGCGCUUGAUCACGGCAUUAAGACUUCAUUGUCUUUUUGUCUCAAAUAACACAAUCCACCAUAACGCCAUCCAAUCGUGGCGCGAUGUCAUAGCAGGCAAACGAGAGAUAAUAUCUGAUGGAAACGAACUCGCUUGGAAGGAGUCGUUGAUCACGAUUUGCGAUAAGAUUAUCACCAAAGCCCAGGCCGGUCUGGACAGUCUCGAGAACGACGGCGCCGAGGAGUAUGGUCACAGUGGCAGUGACCGUUGGCUUCCCUGGAUGUGCGAGAAUAUACGGACGCUUUGGAGGGAAGAGUUGUUGAUAGCCGCGGCUGUCAAGGAACGUACGCUGAGAGGGGAUGAUUUCUGAGUUAAUAACAUUGAUCUUUUCAUGAAAUAGAGUCGAUGUCCCAGUGCCUAGAUCCAUCAAGGGCACUAUCAUAUCGGGGGCCAUUAAAAUUCAUGUGGCACUCGGAUACUUCACGACAUCAUGUCUCGUUGAAUAUUUGAACAGCCUCAAAGCAUAAUCGUAUUGCAUGUCAUGACCAUACACUUACUACGAAGCUGGAU